UUACUUCCAUCUCCAGAUUUAAUUGGACGACUGACAAACCAAAACAAUGAAAGUCAAAGAACAGGAUGCAAGAAAUGUGGCUACAGUAAGUUUGAAAUCUCAGAGCUUCAAUGUGACGUAACUGUACACAAAUAAAUAUCUGAUUCAAAAAAAUUAAAAGUUAGUUAAGUUUUAGUACAAAACAUGCGUAGUUGAACCAGAGGACUUUCGCGUUACGUACAAUGAUCAUUCACCGUGGCACAUUUAGAGCACAUUUAAUGACUUUGGAUCAUUUACUAUUCAAGUUUCACCUUUAAAUCAAAUACGGUUACCAACUAAAAAAGCUCUUGAUUGUUAAAAAAAUGCUCCUUGUCAGCACCUUAGGAAAUGUGUAGAAAAUAGUAUUGAGAAUUUUUUAUACUGAUUUUAGGGUGUAAAGGAUUAAUUGUUGGUUAUGUUUUAACAGGUGGUCACCUAACUUUUCAGUGUCGUAACUUUGUACGCGUUGAUCCAAAGAAGGAUGUAGUGGUUGAUGUCAGUAGUACAUCCAGUGAAGAAGAGGAUAGCGAUAAAGAAAUCAGCGUCAGCUCUACAACAACUCCUACUUCAUCUGAUUCAGAUUCAAAAAGAAAAAAGUCUCAGAGGAGAAAAACAGUGAAAGAAAGGUUAGAUGCUGCAAACUUUUUUAAUGAUGAUGUGUUUUCCACACAAAAAAUCUAUUUCCUGUUAUUUUAAGAUCCCAGUCUCUAGAGAGGGCCUUGAAACAGAGAGAUGUUCCACGUCAGAGGGCUGCCUCAUACUCACCACCUGCUUUAAAGAGGUAUGAGUAGCUGUGUGUUAAACUAGCAUGGUCUUGUAAUUUAAGUAUCCUUGUUUUAAUUGCAAGAUUUUAAUGAUAUUUGCAGAAGAUUAGCAGUAUACAGUGGGAAUGUCCUGAUGCACCUCCAAAGUGACCACAUCAUGAGACAAACAGUUACAUUUCUCUUUUGAAAGUGUUAUUAACUGUGAUGACUGACCAAAACCUUUUUUAUGAAUUAUUUCUCAAUGCAGAGCCAAGAGGAGUCAUUCAGUAACAACUGAUGAAACUGACAAAAGUAAGGAAACUCAGUCAAAUUUGAAGUCUCUUAUUAUUUUGUGACUACAAUCUUCAAACUUUUAAAUUGUUUAUUAUUUAUUUGAUAUUAUUUUCUAAAGUACAAUUUAUAUAUGAUAUGAAAAUUACUCCUUUAAUCCUUUACACCCAUGUAUACUGUUUUCUGUUCAUCUCUUAACCCUUUAACUCCUAAGAGUGAUUAACAUGUACUUUCUCCCAAUAAUAUCCAUACAUUAUCUAAUAAACAGGUUAUGAGAAUACUUAAACUUAUCAGGUAGAAGUUAUGAUCUUGAUCUGACACCAAAUUCUCACAACUAAGUUACAAAGAAAUGUGUAGAAGCCAGAAGGGAGAAUUAUUAUCAAUCAGAUCUUGGGAGUUAAAGGUUAAGGUUAUGGCAAGGAGGAUUUGUUCAACAAUCAAUAUCUUUUUUAAUUGAUAAUCAUUCCCUUCUAUUCUUGUGAACUUGUAGGAAUGAUAUUGUUUGAGGAAAUUAGAUACCAGGCUCUCUCAGGUGUCAGAGGGUUAAGAUAUUCAUUGGUAGUUUUUGUUUUUAAUGGGAAUAAUUUGUAUUGUUACUAAUAAAAAAUAUAUAUUUUCAUGCUUAUCCUUACAUGUCGUAGGUGAUGAUGAUUCUGAUAGUCAUAAAAGAAAAAGAAAAAGAAAAAAGAUUAGCAAACAUCAGAAGUGAGUAGGACACAAAAUUAUCAGGCUCAUAAUGCAAAAUGAGGCUAAAUGGAUCAUUAUUUUAUUUUGAAUGAAUCUUGCUGGUUUACCAAACUAAAUUCAAGGUAUAAAGAGGGUAAGUUUCUAAAGAAUCUGUGGUGCUGCAUCAGUGGGGGAGUAUUUGCAAGAUAAUUUGAUUUUAUUAACUUAGUCAAUAAAUAAAUGUAGAUUGGCCAUUGUAAAGGGCCUCUAUUGCUGAGGUUUGAAGUGUUAGCCCUUUGUCAGAAUGAAUGACUAAUAACUUCAGGUGCUUCUGUCUGUUCUACUUAGUCUGCAUGGCAAGAGCACUUGUGUUCCUUCAUGUAUAUUUUAUGCUUUUAUGCAACCAUCUUUUGAUAAGUCACAGAAUUUCAUGGGAUUAAAAAAAGAACUUUAUUUGAGGGCAGGUAUAUUUGCACUAAUAAUAAUAUUUUAAAUGAGAAAGCAGACUGAUGCUAUUCUUUGUAGACUAAAGGAAAAAAGGGGAAGCAUUCAGGUUUUCUGUCUCUCAGCUGUUGAUCCCUGUUGUUGCCACAAACAAUAAGGAAUGCCUGAUCACUACAUCACUACUGAAAAAUGCUGCUCAAGAGUUGAUUUACUUACAUGUAAUUAUACAGCUGCAAGUAUUAUUUUCAGGAAAGAACAGCCAAGGAGUAAACACAGAAAGAGCCACAAACACAAAGAAAAGAAAAAAAGCAGAAGGAAAAAGAGCAGAAAAAGACACAAGGCAACCUCAGAGUCUGAGUGAUGCUCUUCAAGACUAUUCAACCCUAAUGUUCUUGUGAAUAGAUUAUGAUGCUUGAAACUGAAAUGCGGGAAAGAUCCAUGAGCAGGGGUGGAUGUUUAAGCCUUCUGUAUCAACUAUUAUCACAAGUUUUGAAAGUGCUUCAGUUCUUUACUGGUAUUCAAAUAUUAACAAUAUUGCUAUAAUUUGAGUUAAAAGUUCUUUUUCACUUGUUCAACUGUCAAAGUGUAAAACCAAAACCAUAGUCAUAUGCAUGGUUUUGCAAGGACAAGGUAACACUUUUUUUUUUUAAAACAUGAACAAUUUGUUUUUAUGUAAUUCAACUCUCUUCUCUGUCUGUACAAAGGUUCAGCUUAGUAGUACAAGAACUAUACCACUGAUGUUUGGUGUAGUUAGGGGGAAGAUGUUCUCACAAUGUAGGGGUUGAUUGGAAGGAAACAAAUUCUUACAUGACUGUAUUUUUAAUUUAACCCUGUAAUGAAAACUUUUUAGAAAGAAAUUGUAAGAACUCCAAGAGCUUGUUCUUGCUAUUUUAUUCUGCACUUUGUACACACUAUAUACUUGGGCAGCUGUUUUAAUUUAGUUUAUAGCUUAGUGUUAAUAGCAUGAGAUUUAUAAUUAGAUUAUGAAACACAUAACAAAAUACUUGAAUACCUUUACCCAUGGUUUUAUAUGAAAGUAACUUUCACAACACCAUAUUGAAUUUGGGUUUACAGUAAGUUUUAAUAUUAAGAUACUGUCAAAAAUAGUCCAUGAUCUUGAUAAAUAAUCCUCACAAAGCUCAUUUUCUGAACAUCAUUUGAAAGAUGAAAACCAGACCUAGACUGAACAAAUCUUUUUAAAGGUUAAAUAUGAAACUUGUAUGAAAAUAUAGCCUUACAUAUUAUUAUUUUCCC